GUUGAAUUAUUGUUAACUGAAAACUUUUUAAACAGGUUUUAUUGUGUUUCUGGAAGUAUUCCCAGCCAUGUUUUGAUCUCUUUUCCUACUUACAAUCGUAAAUCGCUAUGUUUUUAUACAAUCUGACUCUUCAGCGUGCUACCGGCAUUACUCAUGCCGUGCAUGGUAAUUUCGCCGGCACGAAACAGCAAGAAAUCGCUGUUUCAAGAGGGAAAAUACUGGAACUGUUGCGGCCUGAUCCAAGUACUGGGAAAGUGCAUACUUUGUUAACUGUAGAGAUAUUUGGUGUAAUUCGCUCUAUGAUGGGUUUUCGACUCACUGGUGGAACUAAAGAUUAUCUUGUAAUUGGGUCUGAUUCAGGAAGAAUUGUGAUUCUGGAGUAUAAUGCACAAAAAAAUGUGUUUGAAAAGGUGCAUCUGGAAACAUUUGGAAAAAGUGGUUGUCGUCGUAUUGUUCCUGGUCAGUAUUUAGCUAUUGAACCUAAAGGUCGAGCUGUUAUGAUUGGUGCUGUUGAAAAACAAAAGCUGGUUUACAUUUUGAAUCGUGAUGCUGCUGCACGUCUUACUAUAUCAUCGCCUUUAGAAGCUCACAAAUCAAAUACAUUAGUCUACCAUAUGGUGGGUGUAGAUGUUGGUUUUGAUAACCCUGUUUUUGCAUGCUUGGAAAUGGAUUAUGAGGAAGCAGAUAAUGAUCCAACUGGAGAAGCAACUAUUUCAACACAGCAAACUCUUACAUUUUAUGAACUUGAUUUGGGUUCAAAUCAUGUUGUCAGAAAAUAUUCUGAACCAUUAGAAGAACAUGGAAAUUUUUUGAUAUCUGUACCUGGAGGCACUGAUGGCCCAAGCGGAGUUCUAAUAUGCUCAGAAAAUUAUAUUACUUAUAAAAAUUUUGGAGAUCAGCCUGAUAUCAGAUGUCCUAUUCCCAGACGCAGAAAUGAUUUAGAUGAUCCAGAAAGGGGUAUGAUUUUUGUAUGCAGUGCAACUCAUAAAACAAGAAGUAUGUUUUUUUUCCUUGCACAAACAGAACAAGGAGACAUUUUCAAAAUAACAUUAGAAACUGAUGAAGACAUGGUUACUGAGAUAAAAUUAAAGUAUUUUGACACUGUAGCUGUGGCAUCAUCUCUAUGCGUUCUGAAAACUGGUUUUCUAUUUGUAGCUUCUGAAUUUGGCAAUCAUUAUUUAUACCAGAUUGCUCACUUGGGUGAUGAUGAUAAUGAACCCGAAUUCAGCAGCGCCAUGCCCCUUGAAGAAGGAGACACAUUUUUCUUUGGCCCGAGGACAUUAAAAAAUUUAGUUCUUGUGGAUGAAUUAGAAAGUUUAUCCCCAAUUAUGCACUGCCAAAUAGCCGAUUUGGCAAAUGAAGAUACCCCACAAUUAUAUGUUUCUUGUGGAAGAGGACCAAGAUCUACUUUACGUGUUUUGAGACAUGGCUUGGAAGUUUCUGAAAUGGCUGUAUCUGAACUUCCUGGUAACCCCAAUGCUGUUUGGACUGUUAAACGAAAAUCGGAUGAUGAAUUCGAUGCAUUUAUUAUUGUAUCUUUCGUUAAUGCUACCCUGGUUCUAUCCAUUGGAGACACAGUUGAAGAAGUCACAGAUUCUGGUUUCUUAGGUACUACUCCCACAUUAGCCUGUGCUCAAAUUGGAGAUGAUGCUUUAGUUCAAAUUUAUCCAGAUGGUAUUCGUCACAUUAGAGCAGACAAGCGAGUUAAUGAAUGGAGAACAUCUGAAAAGAAAACAAUAUCUAAAUGUACAGUUAAUCAGCGACAAGUUGUUAUAGCUUUGACUGGGGGAGAGUUGGUUUAUUUUGAAAUGGAUCCAUCUGGACAGCUCAACGAGUACAGUGACCGUAAAGUGAUGGAUGCUGAUGUGAUAUGUAUGGCUUUAGCUAGUGUACCCAGUGGAGAGCAAAGAGCUCGUUUCUUGGCUGUUGGUUUAGCAGACAAGAGAGUUCGCAUCAUUUCACUGGACCCAGCAGAUUGUUUGUCACCACUCUGUAUGCAGUAUUUACUUGAUACACCAGAAUCACUUGCCAUAGUAGAAAUGGGUGGAGGUGAAGGUACUGGAAGAGAUAGUAGUGGCCAAGGGACAUUGUAUCUAAACAUUGGAUUGCAUAAUGGUGGUUUGUUAAGAACAGUUCUGGAUCAAAAAUCUGGUGAUUUAGCGGAUACAAGAUCAAGAUAUUUAGGAUCUAAACCUGUAAAAUUGUUUAAAGUUAGAAUGCAAGGCAAUGAUGCUGUUGUUGCCAUUUCAAGUCGUUCCUGGCUCAGUUACUACUACCAAAAUAGAUUUCAUCUCACUCCUCUAUCCUAUGAAACACUUGAAUAUGCUUCAGGUUUUUCUUCAGAACAAUGCCCUGAGGGUAUAGUUGCCAUUUCAUCCAAUAUGUUGCGAAUUCUUGCACUUGAGAAACUGGGUGCUGUAUUUAACCAAGUUGCUUAUCCAUUACAAUAUACACCAAGAAAAUUUGUGAUACAUCCUAUAAGUAAUACUCUCAUUAGUAUUGAAACUGAUCACAAUGCCUACACAGAAAAAACAAAGGCUAUCCGAAAGGAACAGAUGGCUGAGGAAAUGGUUGAAGCUGCUGGAGAAGAUGAAAAAGAGCUUGCAGCAGAAAUGGCUGCUACAUUUUUAAGUGAAAAUUUACCUGAAAAUAUAUUUGGCUCCCCAAAAGGAGGAUCUGGUAUGUGGGCAUCAGUAAUAAAAAUCAUAGAUCCUAUUGAUGGGAAGACAAUUGACAAAAUUUCAUUGGAGCAAAAUGAAGCUGCUGUUAGCCUGUGUUUGGUGAAGUUUAUGAACCAGAAAGAUGACCAGUUCUUACUUGUUGGAGUAGCCAAAGAUAUGCAGUCUAAUGUUAAACAUUGCAGUGGUGGACUUGUUUAUACAUAUAAAGUAUUAAAUGAUGGAAGGAAACUGGAAUUUGUACAUAAAACUCCUGUUGAUGCUGUACCUGCUACUAUCUGUCCAUUUCAAGGAAGAGUUUUAAUUGGUGUUGGUAGCAUGCUCAGAAUAUAUGAUAUUGGCAGGAAGAAGCUACUUCGGAAAUGUGAAAACAAGCAUUUACCAAAUCAGAUCGUUACCAUACAUGCUGUGGGAAAUCGAAUCAUUGUAGGCGAUGUACAAGAAAGUUUCUUUUAUGUUCGCUACAAAAGGCAAGACAAUCAACUAAUUAUUUUUGCUGAUGACACAAAUCCAAGGUGGAUCACAACUGCAUGUCUCCUAGACUGUAACACUGCAGCAGGAGCUGAUAAAUUUGGAAAUAUAUCCAUUAUACGUUUACCAACUGCUAUAAGUGAUGAAGUAGAAGAAGACCCAACUGGCGUUAAGGCUUUGUGGGACAGAGGAUGGUUAGGUGGAUCAUCACAAAAGGCUGAAAUUAUUGCUAAUUUCCAUGUUGGUGAAGUAGUACAUUCAUUACAAAAAGCAACACUUAUUCCUGGAGGUUCAGAAUCCCUUGUAUAUACAACUUUAUCUGGUUCCAUUGGUGUUCUUGUGCCUUUUACCACUCACGAAGAUCAUGAUUUUUUCCAACACUUGGAAAUGCACAUGAGGUCUGAAAAUCCUCCAUUAUGUGGUAGAGAUCACUUAUCUUUCCGUUCUCAUUAUUACUCUGUAAAGAAUGUAAUCGAUGGAGAUUUGUGUGAACAGUUCAACUCUUUAGAACAAUCCAAGCAAAAGAGUAUUGCAGAUGAUUUGGGGAAAAAUCCUAGUGAAGUAUCAAAAAAGCUUGAAGAAAUAAGAACAAGAUAUGCAUUUUAACUGACAAUUUCAAUUUUAUGGACUUGAUUUAUUUUUCUUGCAUGUAAAUACCAUUGACAUUUCUUUUGAUUUUAUAUGGCUUAUAUUAUAAUGUAAGAUUUUUCUUUGCUUUAUUUCUGCUGUAUAAGUUUAACUGAACUGUUAAUGAAUAAUUUCAUACCCUUCAUUGUAAAACAAACAUAUUGUAAAUACCAUUCAAUAUUUUUGGACUUGAAAAUUCAGUUUGAAUUAAAUAAUUAUGUUUUUUACUGUACUUCAUGUUGUUUUAUUAAAAUAUAUU